GCAAGUUCUGCAAACGAUUGCACAUUCGGCAAAAACCACUCGAAAGCGUGCUGCGAUGGCUUUCCGGGCUAUAAUUAAGAUAUGUAAUCUGCUUUUAAUACAUUCAGCUCUUGGAGAUACGGACGAUUUCAGUUCAAUCGUCUAUCCAAAGCUACUACAAAGUCGAGACGAAGACGGUAGACAGAUACUGGUGAUCGACGAUGGACUACAACUGAAAUUGGAGAAAAGUUCGGUGCUUGCAAAGCGAUUUCUAUACACUACGCAUGAGGACGGAAUGGAAAUUCAUUACCACUUGGACGGCGAAGAUCUGGAGAAAAAUUUGUAUCAUGACUCAGACAAGAUGGCUUCGCUCUUGAUGUCAACGGAAGGUGGACUUCGAGUGGAAGGCAUUGUUGGAAGGAACCUCCGGAUAAGGCCGCUCGAUGCUAGAGAACGGAGCUCUGAAGGUGAUACAGGGCAUCUCCUUUACCAGGUGAAGGAAAGAAUGCCUCGAGCGGAAGACAUCUUGUAUGCUCCAGGAAAAGAAUUUGAGGAAGGUGGUGCUAACUUUGUCAAGCCUGUCCAUGUGGACGCUCGUCAAGACCAAACUACACACACGCAGCCAGAAACUCGUCCUGAAGUCGCUAUAAUGGUAGACACUGCGCAUACUCUAACAUUCAAAGGCAAAGGGGAAGAGAAGCAUAAGAAGAUCAUCGAGUACUUCAGUGUCCUCAUGAAUGCGGUGAACCUGAAAUACACUACUCUCCAUUACAUCACUGUGAAGCUUAUACUGUCAGCAAUACUGAGGCAAAACAAGACCGUGGAGAAGAUGUACGUCAACCUUUAUAACGACUCAGACAGUCUGAUGAAUACUUACAAGACCAUGAACAACCUUACUGCCUAUGUUGCUGCUCAGAAAGACGCUUUUUCCCCGUACGACCUACUCGUGCUUGUAACUGGCCGAGACCUCGUCAGCGUUUACGGUGGCGGUACCACUUCCCGGGGUACAUCAGGACUAGCCUUCGUAGGGAAGGUGUGCGAUGAACGCUAUAAGGUUGCACUAGUAGAAGACUUACCACCCACGUACGACGGCGUCCAGACAUUUGCUCACGAGGUCGGCCACACGAUGGGAUGUGUACAUGACGGAGCGAAAGCUGACGCCAGCAUCCCAAAUCAUCCAGGAGCAAUCAACUGUUCUGCUGCUGAGAAGCACGUCAUGACGCCAGUGUCAGCGUUUGACGCCUUAGACGAGUUUUCCUACUGUUGUAGUCAGCAAAUGUUCGUUGUCUACCAUCUGGAGACUUCAGCGUGUCUCACGGAGGAAACAACAACGAGCGUAAAAACCAGUACCCAGCUUCCAGGUGAUUUACUAAGCAGUGCUGACCAGUAUUGCAAGUACCAGCACCCGGAGCACAACGAGACUGUGAAAAAUAUGCCGAAUGUGCAGGGGGGAAACAGGUGGCAGUGCGCGAUUUUAUGCCGGUUGACCAAAGAGAGUUCGUUUAUGCACCUCCACAGAGCACCUGAUGGGAUGCCUUGUGAGAAUGGGACAGCCAAGGUUUGCAUCAACAACAAAUGUGUGGAUUACACAAGCCCACCUCCUGAACAGUGAUGAAAUAGCACUGGAUCGACACUAUACUGCCACAUCAGGGUCUGCAAACCUGCAAUAUAUGAAGUGAAAUGCUAGUGGUGAAGAAAUAUAGAAGACAACAGUGCAAUAUGUAUUAAAGAUGUUUGUGUCUGUG